CAGCAGCGCUUUCCGCAUUUCAGUGUCUCUCUUUACAAGACGUUUCACAAGAGGAAAGACAUUACACGUGCAUUCUGAAACGAUUGUAAGUCAUGGCAGAUAAAAGCAAAGCUAAGCUUGGUUUUGCUGAAAACUUUGCUCUCAGUGGGGCAGCUGCUGUCAUUUCAAAGACUGCUGCAGCUCCAAUUGAGCGCAUAAAGUUGUUGGUUCAGAACCAGGAUGAAAUGUUGAAAUCUGGUCGCCUAGCUGAGCCAUAUAAGGGAGUCAUUGAUUGUACUCUAAAAACUUACCGUUCUGAGGGUAUUCUUCCUUUUUGGCGUGGAAACCUUGCCAAUUGUAUUCGAUAUUUCCCAACUCAAGCUUUGAACUUUGCCUUCAAAGACAAGGUGAAGGCAGUAUUCAAGAUGAAAAAGACAGACUCGGAAGCCACCAAAUUUGCCAAGAACAUCCUGGCUGGUGGUUGUGCUGGAGCUAUGUCUUUAGUUUUUGUCUACUCAUUAGAUUAUGCCCGUACACGAUUGGCUAAUGACACUAAGGGUGCUCAAAAGGGAGGAGAACGGCAAUUCAAUGGCUUGGUCGAUGUCUAUCGUAAAACCUUAAAGAGUGAUGGUAUUCAAGGUCUUUACAGAGGCUUUGCACUUUCUUGUGUUGGCAUCUUUGUUUAUAGAGGAUUUUACUUUGGCCUCUAUGACACAUUGAAGCCUUUGAUCUUGGGAGAAGAUGCAGGUGUUGUGUUGUCCUUCUGCCUUGGUUAUGCUGUGACAGUUAGUGCUGGUCUCGCAUCAUAUCCCAUUGAUACCAUCAGAAGGCGAAUGAUGAUGACUUCAGGAGAAGCUGUCAAGUAUAAAGGAUCCUUUGAUUGCUUUAUCCAAGUAGUUCGUAAUGAAGGACCAAUGUCCUUAAUGAAGGGUGCUGGAGCUAAUAUCUUAAGAGGUGUUGCAGGUGCUGGUGUGCUUGCUGGAUUUGAUAAAUUCAAGGCUUUAUAUAUUGCUUGGCGGCUCAGUUGAGCAUUUCCUACUGAAAUGAAACAUUUUCUCUACUAACUUCUGAUGUGCUUUGUAUGAUGAUUUGAACUUUACUCUACUGUAUAACAUUUAGGAAUAUUUAUUAUUUCUUCGGUGCAAAGUAUUUUGCAUUUGUAGUUUCCUGCUUUUAAAAUGUCAUGAAUAAUAAAAAAAAAUUACAAACUA